AUGGUCCAUACCCGUGGACAAGGCGCCCGUCCCGAGGGCUUUUCGGAAUACCAACCUCCCAAACGUGAGCGAAAACCGCGUUCAGCUGGCUGCACUGCGUCCCUGGCGCCUCUCAUUUUCUUCUAUUCUCCCUGUGCCCCUUCUGAUUGUCCUACCCGCCCAUCUCUCGCCGUGGACCCGUCUACCCUGACGGAGGUGAAAGAAAUCGGGACAUCUGCCCGAGCAAGACCCCAGUAUAGAGAUGCGUGGACCCAAACGGACGCUGAGCUGACGUGCCAAUGCCAUCUAGAGCCCCCGAGCACAAAACGGCGACGAGAAACAGAUGACGGCGCCGACCAGAAUGUGUCGAAGCGGCGUAAGGCUGUCACACCCGAACAGCCAAAGUUCUUGUUCUCGAAGACUCGAAACCGAAGCCUCUUGACCUCUGCGCCCCCCAAACUCACCUCUCGCCACGAGUCUCCUUUCUUCCAGCGCGCUUUCGAGCCCACGAGCCCCGAACCCAGUCCGACCAGUCAGGAAGAACGUCCUAGGUCACAAGAGCGACAGAGACCUCAGCGACCGAGAACACCUACUCCAACUGCUCCGACCCCAACCCCAGCUGGCAUUCUGGGAAGUGUGAGGAAAUUUCUAGGCUACCUCACAGGCGGUGGUACCCAAGGUCCGGCAGAAGAUGAGAUUCACCAAAAACAACAACAAAGCAGCCUUAGCGGCUCAGAUCAAAGCCAAGACCAAGCACAAGACGCAGAUACAACUGCCGGAGAACAACAGGACUUCUCAGAUCAAGGCAGUCCUACUCCAUCACAACGAAUAACUCUUCGCGAGUCUGGAUCUCCCUCUCAUGACUCUCCCUCCGUGGACAGCAGAAUUCUCACUCGAGAAUAUUUUAAGAAACGCAGAACAGCGAACACCAUUGCAGGUCGGGAACAAAUGGCCGCUCUCGCUGAUACCACUGAAAGUAAAGCAGCCGAGUUCAACCCCACCGAAACCCCAGGCACCAACAAGCGCAAACUCAACUCUGUCGAAGGCCAGAUCCCAGGCCCUAGAAGAGGCGGAUUUGGAAUUGAUGACAGUUAUCUUGAUAUUGACAAUGAGGUCGAGGGGAUCGGCGAAUCAUCAGCAGAGACGCAACCUGCAACGCCCGCAAGCAAACUUCUACCCCAAACUCCUCUGCGCUCUGCAAUGAGACAGAACACCACAAACCUCGGUUCAGUCGGACGAUCGGUAAAAUCAGUGCGUAUCAACCCAGUUGACUCGGUCAAAGCUGUCUAUGGCCAGUAUGGCCGGUCCGGUGAGUAUCGUGGCAGCACAUUUGCGGACCUUUCAAGUCAGUCUCCGGACUCGACAUCUUCUCUUCCGUUUGACGUGGACAACAUACACUCUCCGACGACUAUGCAAAAUACCAGAGGGAACGUGGCUUCCAGAUUCCACCUUGAUCCCAAUGUUACCGAUCCAAACGAUGACACCUGGCGUCCAUCCCUUGCAAAUCCUCGACCUGGCCACUUUCGUGUUCCUGAUGAAGAUGAAUUUGAAGAUGAAGAUGAUGAUGACACACUCACGACACAUCAAGCGACGGCACAGGAAGAAGUACCACCUCAGCCCAGCACCCCUCGCAUGUCACAUGCAGAACUCCCCCAAAAUACUCCGCUCGAAUAUUCGGGCUUCACUGGACAUACAGACAGCAUCAUGGUGAACGAGACCCAAGAGAUCAGGCUUAACAAGGCGAGAUCCGACGCACAGAAAUACAAACCCGCGAAAUCUUCUCGGCUGUCUCUGAGCGAGCAAGCACGAUCACUUUCAUCGUCGCCACCCAGCUCCGAAUCAGAAUUCAUCGAAUCACAACUCGAAACAGGCGCGCUAGCCGCAGAAAGAGCCGCCAGCAGACAAUCGCGUGGAACACCCGUCAAGACUGGCAGACAACUCGCUGAGGAGAAACCCCUGAGUCGCGAAGAGCUGGACAACACCCAAAUUGGGGAAGACGGCAUGACAGACUACCAGCGCGAGCACCAAUAUGACUCGUGGGCGGAAGACCUCCUAAAUGGCGCUGGCGCCCCGGCACCACACACAUACGUUGAAGCAGGAAUCGCCUCAUCGUAUGUGGACUCUCUUGUACAAAAGACAUGGACGGAAAGAGAUACCAGAGAAUCCAUUAACUUCUGGGAGAAGGAGUUUGAGGAAGGUAUGAAAGCAGCACGGGACGCAAGCAGUCAAGGGAGAGUGCUGCUUUGGGUGACAGACCCUGACGAAAUUGUGGAAAUGGAACAAAACGGGUACUGA